AUGGCCCGUGAACUUAAUAUAGAUAUGCGGUCUCAAAGUAUAUUGAGCAUGUCUGAAUUAGGGAGCACAAAUGUUGUCGGACAAGCACGGUGGCGUAAUGCACCCCUACACGACCGGUGUGGUAUGAACGACAUGAGGAACAUCAAGGCAGCUUUUCAAGUAGCGUUCAAUAAUAAAAUGACACCUGUAGAAUUUAGAGCCCUACUGAAGACUCUCCUGGAUGUGGAUUAUGACGACGAAGAUUUUAACAUAAUGUUUAUGAAGAUAAACACCAGUCGUACUGGUGAGAUCGACUGGGAUGAGUUGGUGUCACACCUGAUCCUCGGCUACUUUGGAAACGACGCUGAAAACCAGCGGGAGUCCUUGCAGCCACCUAUCAUGGGGCUGCCCGUCAUCAUGAACUCCCAGCACAGGCAUCCAAUAUCUAGGAUAUGCUUCUGCCCUGAUGUCGACAAGGAUCGCUGCACGGAUCCGAUGCAGGGCACGUACAUUACUGCGAGCCGCGACGGCAUGGUCAACUGGUGGUCACUGGACAUGAAGCUGCUGAGAACUGCCUACUCCUCGAGCCCCCAAUUGAAAGUCCGCACGACGUGGGUGACGGACAUGGUGUGCAUGCCCGACGUGAACAUUAUCGUCACCAGCUCCACCGAGAGAGACCUGCGCUUCUACGACUGCACCGCCAAGAAUUUUACUUUGAAAAUAAUAAUCACUAGUUGGGAGUAUAUGAUCUGUACGAUGCAUUACCAUUUUAACAAAGACGAAAAACAGCAAUGCAUGCUGAUCUGUGGCGACGUGGGGGGGAACGUGCGGCUGCUGCUGUUCUCGCCGAUCCUACGAGGGCCCUUCCAGAGCCAGGCUGGUGUUGCCACGAUAUCGCUACGACACGUGGAUUUGCAGAGACGGCCUCAUUCGUUACCAGGCCUACGGCUCAUAGAAUUACUCCGUGUACACAGCGAGUGGGUGCGGCAGGUGUCGUACUACGUGUCGCUGCACUGCGUGGUCUCCUGCGCCACCUGCAGCGACUCGCUCCUCAUGUGCGAUAUAUACGGCUCCAAGACACACAACAUGUUUAAGGUUGAUAAGGGGAUUCAAUGUUUCGGAUUUGAUGAAGAGGCACACAUAUUAGUGACGGGAGGUCCAGACUGCGUGGUCCGUGUCUGGAACCCCUUCGUACCAGCUAAAGCCAAUGUGUGUCUGUACGGGCACCACGCCGGCAUCACCUGCAUAGUACUGCAGAACAAAGGACAUACCGUUUACUCGCUAUCACGUGACAGAACUAUUAAAGUGUGGGAUAUCCACAGCCACGCGUGCGUUCAGACGUACAUCGACAUUCCUUCUAUCCUUGGUGAGCGCACGCCUAUAUCUGCGGUGUACAACCCUGCUACCCGCGAGUUCAUCUUGGCCUGUAUGAAGAUAGCCGUCGUAGCGCUGGACGAGCAACUGAACCCGCUGCACACUGACGGGUUCACACACGCGCGAGCUGUGUCAGCAAUCCUCUACAAUCCGUUGUUCAAAAUUAUCAUCACACUCGGUAUGGACAGUAUAAUAAUCAAUUGGAAUCCAUUAACAGGGAAACGAAACGUAUUGAUCCGUGACGCGCACGUGCGCGUCGUGCAUGGCGAGGUGAUCCCGGUGGAGAUCACGGCCGCUUGCUUCGACCCAGGAUACCAACUGCUGCUCACAGGAGCCAGGAACGGCGAGCUCAAGGUGUGGAACUUCAACACUGGUUUAUGCUUGCGAGAGCUAUCCAUUGAGCACAUGUGCGAAGUGACAAGUUGCUUUUGGGUGGAAGGAAGGAUUUUGGCCAUCGGUUGGAAUCGUCACGUAAUAGAGUUCGACGAUACGGGCAUGGCGACUAACGGCAAGACGUGGGAGACACGGCACACGGACGACGUGAUGGCUGCGGCCGUGCGGCCCCCGCUGUCACUGGCCACCGCCAGCUACAACUCCGAGCUAGUGAUGUGGAAGCUGGAGACUGGCCAGCCUUACAGGCGAUUCUCGUGCACGGAGCCUACGUUACGUAUCAAGAUGAUAUACAACAAGCGAGACGCUAUCAGGCCACCCUCUACUGCCGCCGCAGAUAAGGGGGCGACAUUACAGAAGAAGGCUUCUCCAGUGCGGAAACAUUCAGGAACGGGUGGCUAUCGUGACGACGUAGACCCGGAAAUGGCCAUUAAGAAGGCAACCGCACGGCGCUCGUCAACAGUGACUAUGCCGAUCCGCGCACAGACAAUGCGCCAACUCGCCGUGCACGCCAUGGUCUUUCUAGAGACUCGACCGUACCAUGCACACGUCGCAUCGCUGAUGCUCGCUUUGGAGAAUGGUCAAAUACAGUGUUGGUCGGAUCACUCAGCGGGCGGGAUCCAAGGAUCAUUCCACGCCGUCCACUCGUCGGGUGACUACGUGUCCUGUUUGGCCACAGAUGUCGCUAAUGAGUUCCUAUUCACCGGUACCACACAGGGAUACAUUAAAGUGUGGCUGAUGACCAACUACCUCACGAACACAAUGGAACACAUCAACAUGCCGCGGCUCCGUCUGAUGUUCCCGUUCCUGUGGCGUGACCGCAUCGAGGGUCGCGCCAAGCGCAGUGUGCGGGACCAGCCCAAGCCGCUGCUACUGAACAGCUACCGCGCACACCUCCGCUGUGUUACUGUCAUCGAAUAUGUCGAUGAGCUUAAACUUCUUUAUACCGGCAGUUCAGACUACAGCGUUCGAGUGUGGCGUCUGUCAGGCGAGUACCUGCAGACACUGGGGAGCUUCCUGCCGUGGACUCUGGAGGUGACGCGCUUCCCGCCAGACGUGAAGAAGGUCGCCAGCUUCACCACGUUCAAGGUGUGGCGCAGUGGCCAAGUGUCGCGCUACGUGCCGGGGCAGAAGGUGGUGGACAAGCUGCGCGACAUCACCGAGCACGAGCUCAAGACCAAGACCUUUGGCGAGGCACCGAACGAGCCGUUGCUUGGGAAGUACUACGCUCUACCGGUCAGACCUGAACGACAAGAUAAAAUCGUACUUGACGACUCAUUGACAACGGUUCCGCUGUUUGCUCACCUGCGGAUGGCGUCCACGCAGCCUGUGCGGCGCCCGCCUACCCCUGAGUUGGUACGCAAGACUCGACUGAAGCGCCAGUUGAAGAAGGCGCAGCACCACGACCAACCAACUACUCAGUUCCAAAUUAACGCACCGGUACAUAAAACAUCAAUCACGACACAGCCUGCAAAACGUGCGUCCACCAGUAAGGCCGCGAAUCCCGCGACCCGUACCAGUUACGAUAAUUAAUGUGAGAUCACUACGGAACGACAAGAAUAUAAUAAUAGUAGAGUGUAUGAAGGCAAAUCUUGCCGAAAGUAGGUACAAUAUGUCGAUGCGCAUUAAGAACUUCGUAGUAGAAGUGUUCCGGUUGACGCCUAGUUAGGGGCAGCGGGCACGCUGAUGCUGACGUGUGCCGCGAGCGUAGGCGACAUACACCAAGUUGUAUUAUUUGUUAACGUCAUUAGG